UUUGAGUGUCUUCCUAAAGUUUAACUAUUUAUUUUAGUAUUUCACACAGGUAUUAUAGAAGAAUAUUCUAAUUCUAUAGUUUAAAUGUUCUUAGUCCUACAAAAUUGGGAGGAAACGUAAAAACGAAGUCGUCGAAGUAUUUCAUGGAAUUGCAAGUUUUUCUAUCCCUUAGCAGUUGUUAUUGUAAUUAUUUACCAACAUUAAAUUCUGUGAAACAGAGAGCCAUGACAAGAAGAUAGUAAGGAGUUGAAAGGGGCGGGAAUGAACGACGAGUGAGGUGAGUACAGUUAUUUUUAAUAGACCUUGAGACCUUGCCUAAUAAUUUAGGCGUCCUUGUUCGGCCCGGAAAUUUGACUAAUUUGUUGCUACAAUAGAAUUUUGCUCUUACACUAUAAACGGGCAAUAUAAGUACAAUGUAUCAAAGAAAAUCGAAGGAACUUCAUGUUAUCGCGGACUAGGCCUUGCAAAACACAUACGUAAGUACCUCUAGGGUAAAUUAAGGAUUCCUGACAAUCUUUCCCUUCUGUAGGGAGAGGGACUAUCUCAUCCACUCCCCUUACACCCUUACCUACUCUUAUAGAUGCACCAAUCACGGGUCACAACUGAAUUAGACUAGCUCUAGCUCAGGACCGCAAGAAAAAGAGAGGCCUAUGCUCAGCAGUGGGCGAUAAAGGGCUGAUUUGAUGAUGAUGAUUCGAAACAAAGUUUGGAGACCUCACACUUGCGGUUUUUGAUCCUCAUCGUCAAUAGUGCAACACAAUCCUUCGUGAGCUUACUGGGACUCAGUCAAUCUGUGUAAGAAUGUCCUAUAAUAGUUAUCGCUACGCAGUUUGUCUGUCGUUUUGUAGGUAGGGUUUAAGGGCCACUUGCACGAACGAAAAUGGAGGGUUAACCCACCAUUUUAUAUGGAAUUUGACAGAUGAUAGCCCACUAACCCUGAGUUAAGUGGUUGGUGCAAGUGGGCCUAAGAGGGCAGACUACAUAAUUAUUCUGUUAUUUGUAGGUUGGUAAAGGAUGAACCGGUACGUGGUGCUGCAGCAGCUCGGGGACGGCACGUACGGGAACGUGGCGCUGGCGCGGCGGCGGGACUCGGGCGAGUACGUCGCCAUCAAGCGCAUGAAGCGCAAGUACUACUCCUGGGAGGAGGCGAUGGCUCUCCGGGAGGUCAAGGCACUGAAGAAGCUGUCACACGCCAACAUCGUGAAGCUUCGCGAAGUGAUCCGCGAAGACGACACGCUGUACUUCGUGUUCGAGCACCUGCGGGGCAACCUGUACCAGCUGCUUCGCGAGCAACCGCCGCGGGAGCCCGCGCUGCGGAAUGUACUCCUUCAGGUCCUCCGUGGCCUAGCGCACAUGCAUCGCCACGGCUUCUUCCACCGCGACCUCAAGCCUGAGAACCUGCUCUGCAGCGGCCCAGAGCUGGUGAAGAUUGCAGACUUGGGGCUAGCUCGUGAAGUGCGCUCCCGACCGCCUUACACGCAGUAUGUUUCCACACGCUGGUACCGAGCGCCUGAGGUGCUGCUACGCGACCCGGCGUACGGCGCGCCGGUGGACCUGUGGGCCGUGGGCUGCAUCGCGGCCGAGCUGCACACGGCGCGCCCGCUCUUCCCCGGAGCCUCCGAGAUUGACCAGUUGUACAAAAUCGCCGGAGUUCUGGGAGCUCCGACGCGCGCGUCGUGGCCAGAAGGGCUGGCGCUAGCGGAGGCGCUCCGCUUCCGCUUCCCGCAGACGUCGCCCGUGCCGCUGUCGCGGGUCGUGCCGGGCGCCGCGCCGCCCGCGCUGGCGCUGCUGUCCGCGCUGCUGCGCUACCCGCCCCGCGAGCGGCCCACGGCGCAGCAGGCGCUACGGUUUCCAUAUUUCGCGGUAGGAACUGAACUCGGCGUGCCACCGCCACUGUCUCGCGCAAGAAGAAGUAGUGUGCGUGUGGAGAUGGAGCCCUCGCCCGCUCCCGCUGCCGCCGCCGCUGUCGCUCUCGCGCCUGCGCCUGCGUUGGCUGCGCCGCCGCCGCGGGAUCAUUUCGCGGAUAUAUUGGGAGACGCAGUAGUGCACGAGACGCGCGCCGAAGAGUCGCUCCGCCGCGCCGACACGGCGGCGCUGGCGGCGGUGCGCGGGCGCAGCGUGCUGGCGCCGCCGCCCGCGCCCGCGCCGCCGCCGCGCGCGCUGGGCGCCGCCGCCGCCUACCUCGGCGCCGCGCGCUACGUGGCCGGCGCCCGCAUCGACACGUCCCUGUUCCACCCGCUGGCCAUGCAAACAGCGACGGUGGGCAGCGGCGCGCCUCGCGUCGACUGGGCGGCGAAGUACCUGCGCUGACAGUCACCCACCUACACGGUCUAACACGUGGAGCCUGACUCAUCUUCAGACAAACUCUAGAUCAGUGGUGGACAAAAUACCUACGGCCUGCGGGCCAUUUCCGGCCCGCGAAAAGAUUGUGUCCUUCAAAAUAGUGUGUGAUAUGAUAUGGCCAGCACUGCAGUAAACAUGCAUUUUUGAUUUAAAUCCCCCAGUGAAAAAAGUUUGCCCACCACUGCUCUCUCUAGGUCAUAUAAAGGACCAUGGGCAGAAAUGUCCCCACCCACCAACAGAAAUGAAACAUGUCUCAUUUAAUAGAUCUUAGCAACCUGAUGAUUUUUUACUAUGACGAGGAUCGCCAUAUAUAUGGGGUUUUCUUGGAAAACCGUGUUUUGUUUUUACAUAUUCUUUGCUCAUUUCAUUGAAAGUUUUUGUUUUUUUAUUAUACUAGUUGAUUGAUAAACAAGCAUGCGGGGCUGCGUGAUGGUAAACAGUCACCGCAGCCUAUAGACGGAUGUAACAACUCAUUCUGUCCUAAAUAUAUAUUUGUGAAGUAUUAUUGUUAGUAAGUAACAUAAUAUUUUUUUCAACCUUCUCUUUGUAACUUUCAAUGAGAUGAGCAAAAAAUAUGUAAAAACAAAACACGGUUUUCCAAGAAAACCCCGUACAUAGGGCGAUUCUCGUCAUACUAAAAAAUCGUCAGUUUGCCAAGAUCUAUUAAAUGAGACAUGUUUCAUUUCUGUUGGUGGGUGGGGACAGAGCCCAUACAAAUUUGCCCAUGGUCCUUUAAAAGUGAAAAAUUACUGCCAUAAAUGUGACUUCAAGUCACGGCCUCUGCAUCGAUAUUCCAGUGCAUUGCCACCUGAGCCUGAGUCAGCUAAGUUUUCGACCACUCACCCAAGGCAGUAAAUCAAAUUUUCCACUUUUAAAUUUAUUAUAAGCCUAGAACAUUGAUUGAGCGUUCCUUAUUAUCAAAAAGUUGGAUCUAUGUAGGAUAAAUCUACAUAAUGUAUUAGGUAAUAUAUUUAUGACAUGGGGGCUCGAGGCUAAAAUAAAGGACACGUUUAUCCUAUGUAUACGGAUGGAUUUCUUGCAAACUUUUAUCGCUUAGAAUUUUUCAUUGAGGCUCAUUUAUUGAGGAUGCUCGUGCGUCGCCGAACGAAGUUAUACGAAGUUUGCCUUAUUUUUCUAAUCUCGGCGAAAUUAGCUCGAUUAUGAAUGUCUUGUUAUCAGUCUACUGCAGUUAAAGGGUUGAGAGGAGCAGUGACAAAACGUAUCGGGGACUUUAAAUUUAAAAAAUGUGAAAGUGUUUGAAAGCGAGUCUCGGUAGCUUAGUUGGUAGAGGUAGAUCGGUAUUACUGAGUCGAGUUGUAUUGCCCGAAGUGGUAACUUUCCUUUUUUAUUUUAUUACAUAUAUAAAAAUUGUGAUUUAACAGAUAGUAGGUAGCAAUAUAAUUAAGGUAACUGGCGGACCUCCAUAUAUGAGACAGAAGUGUCAGAACUGUGUAUAAAUGUGUGUUUUUUCUUUACAUAAGGAAUACGCAACCCUAGUUACUUACAGAAAAGUAUUUAAAAUCGAGUGAGUAGAUAGUGCUUCUUUUAACCCUUAAAUGCAUUUUAUGAAUACCUGAGUAUUUAUCCGAAUAUAAUAUUCUGAUCUGAUAAUUUGAUUGGGAAGUCAAAUAUUGUUUUAUAAAUAAUAUUUUCUUACCUACCUACGUGUUCUGUUGGUGACGUUGAUGUAUUAUUAAUUCCAAAUAACUCUUUUCCAGGCCUCACAUUCGUUCAGACUUUCAGAGCCUGAACUUCAGACACUUGUGAGCAGCUUGAUCGCUCUGAUAUAAUAAUAUCUGAUGUCAAAAUGUAGGUACUUAAUACUUAUUACCUAUUACUUAUCUGGAAAAGGCUUUACGAACUAGUCUUAAUAAUAAUGCAUUACAAGGGUUGGAAAAGUACUUAUCACAAAAUUGGUGUGUAGGUAAUACCAUUUACGUAGUUCUGUAGAAUGACUGAGAAGACGGUUAAGGAUAAAUUUAAUAAAAUAUUUGUUGAAA